AUGUGUUUCAUCACCAACCUCUCAAAGAGCUUCAUCACGGAUUUUACUGACACCGCUACAACGUGUUUUUAUCGCUGGCUGUCCAGACGGAAGGUGCUGAAACGCUUUGUCGCGUGUCUGGAAGAAGUGAAAACUUUCCUGGGCAGCAAAGGGCUCACCUUUCCUGAGCUGGAACAGCCAGAGUGGCUGGAAAAGCUACACUUCAUGGUAGACAUGACAGCGCACCUGAACACGCUGAACACAGCUCUUCAGGGGAAAGGACGUACAGCCCUGCACAUGUUGGAGGAUGUUUUGGCAUUCGAGCGCAAGUUGACAGUGCUUGCCAGAGAUUUACAGAAAGGCAGUUUGUCUCACUUCCCCAAUUUGAGAGAGUUCAAACAAGGUCACGACAUGAUAAUUUCGGAGUACUUACAUUCUGCAAUCAUCGCAAUGCAAACAUCGUUUGGGAAACGCUUCUGUGAGUUCAGAGAGGAAAAAAACACAUUAUCCUUCCCGGUCACUCCCUUAAGCAUCGAUCCUUCCCUACUGAAUACGACUGCAUUGGCAGGUGUGAGUCAACCUGAUCUUGAGAUGGAACUGGCCGACAUAGCCGACAAAGACAUAUGGGUGUCCAAGUUUAGACGCUUGACAGCAGACCUUGAAGAUGUUGCCCGUCAGAAGGCCGUUCUUGCUCAGAAACACAAAUGGAGUGAUAUUGAAAACCUCACAGAUGACAGCUUGCGAUCCUGUGUAAAGAUGAAGGUGACAUCAUACAGCCCUGAUGUGCAGACGCUGUGCGCUGAGGUCCAGGAGCAGAAAUCCCAUUAACCAAGAUGACAGCUGGCUGACGUUAUUUUUGGUUUGCUGCUGGCGGAAAAUUUAAGUUCGGCGUUUUUCAUAAAUACAAGAAGGACUCAAAUAGACAUUGAAUAUUUUACUUAAAAGUAACUUUCAACCCAACGUCUUUUUUUCGGAGUUCAAAAUGUUUUUGUUGCAUGCAGAAAUGUAAUUUCGUUUUCUCUGCAGGAGUUCAUCAAUUUCAUAAAUGCAACACAUUAUAGUUUGUUUAUACAUAGCAU